AGCCCGGGAGCUGCCCCCGCCCCCGAGCCGCGAGCAUUGGGCGGGCGGGCCCCGGGAAGACCCCGGCGCCAUCUCCCCGCCCCCCCCCAUCCUAGCGCCCUCCACCACUAUGGGGACAUUCAACCAAGGAGAGAGGAGGUCCUGCCCUUGCCCCUCGCCCAACCCUACCCCCCGAACAGGGGAGACUCCUGUAGGAACCUUGGAAGGAAACAAGAUGCCAGGCCUAGCGCGCUUGGGGAUCCUCUGGACAAGGCUACAGAGUGACAUCGCCAGGUGAGGACUUUGCUGCCCUCUGGGCGACCCUUCAGCUUCCAGCCUUAAUCUUUUUCUCUUUGGGCUCAGUCUAGAGCCAGAUUAGGAUCCCAGGAAGGUCCAGUCCUCUCGUUAAACUAAAAGGGAAACUGAGGCUCAGAGGAGAAGAGUAAUCGACCAGGGUCACAGGGCCAGAGCUGAGGGAGCCUGGCUUCCCAGCCAGAGGUCAAGACCCUGUUCCUUAACGCUGAGGAUAGCUACACUGUGUGGCUGCCUCAUGCCGCCCCUGCCCUGCACCCCGCAGAGGGGUCAAACAGCUCUGCCCAGCACUGCUGCCUCUUCCUCCCCAGCACAGCACAGAUCCUAAGUGCGCUUUCUGGAUCAAUGUUCACUCUGGACAAGCUUCUGGUUCCCACCGACUCCAUAAUCAACCAAACAAGUUGCUACUUACAAAUGUCUGCUUCCAUUGACGGCUUCCUGUAGCCACCAGCUUUCUGGAACUUUCUGAAAUCAGACCUUUCUCAGAUUGCUGGCAAGUGCCAGUUGGCUUCCAGAUGGAGACUGGCCUGCUCAGAACUGGCAGGGCUCCCCAGAGCCAUGUGGACCCAGGCCCUGGGACCCCUGCCUGUUCCUGACGACACCGUCCUCUCCCUCCAGCACCGAGGAGGUGUUUGACAGGGACCACAGAAGAUGGCAUGAAGUGCGUGACAGUUCUCAAGGAGCUUCGUAGGCUCCAGAAAUCUCCAGGCCCCACUCUGAACCCAGAAGUGGAUUUGAUCAAGUCCAGCACUUGUGGGCUCUAAGUUUAGCCAAGGAGAGAGUUUCAUGCUCUGGAACAGUUAGCCCUGGAGCCUCGAGUGGCUCUUCCAAGGGUCAUAGACUUCAAUGCACAGAAGGGGAAACUGAGGCAACCCUCAGAAAGACACAGUUUGCCAAGGUCAUACAGCAAGUCAUUGUGGUUUUUGCUGAGACUAGGACCCACAACCAGCAUUCUGGUCCCAGGCUCUUUUUCUGCACCUUGACCCCAGAUGCCAGCCUUUGAGACACGUGCAAGGUCACUGCAUUAUGAGCCAAAGACCUGAUUCAGAAUCCACCUCCCCCAAGUAUGACCAUGUCACUUGGAUCACUUCGUUGUCUGCGCUAGGCCUCAGUCACCCAAGACAGAUGACCUCUAAAUAGCUCCUGCUCUAAUUGUGUCUGGAUUCUCUAAAAUUGGGUGUUCAACCAGGCUGUGGGGUUUCUCAGUGACUGGCUAUAGGACACUGCAGAGGGACUUGUUUUUCACCAGACUGAAGCUAAGAAAUGCUGGAGAUGGUAGUUCAGUCACAGGCUGUGUGAAUUACUCUGAGGAUGACCUGGGGGUCAGCUUUGCACUUUGGACCCCAUCGGACCCCUCCAAUGUCAUUUGGCAGGAGGAUAUAGUUCACUGGAGGGAGUACUGUGGCUUCAGUGGCCGGUGGCCAGGGCUUGGAGAAGGUCUCUGAGACUCAGGCUGGAACAGGAGUCAGGAGAGGUGGCCAUAGUCAACGUGACUUGUAUGGCAAUCCUUUCAGCACCAUGGACAGCGACGAGAGCACCAUUCUUUCCUUGUGGAUCUGCUCAGACUGCUGGAACCGGACAGGAUCCGGUCAAUAGACCGCUCUUGUUAUGGAGGAGCGCCAAGAAUGUCUCCCAGUCAGUAGAUGACGAAAACAGGAGGCCUGCCCUGGGGAGUCCAAAGAUGAGGGGAACAGAAACUUGAGGGAGAGGGGAGUAGGGACAUUGGUAGUUAGAGAUGAAAAAUGCAACCGAGACAUACAUCCUAAAGGGGCCAUCUCUCCAACAUCCGGGUCCACAGUGUUGAAGACAGACACAUGCACACCAUUUCCCCCUCCUCAGUUUUGCCACUGACCUUAGGAUGGUUUGUGUGGAUGACCCAAUCUCUGCCAAAAUGGCACAGGACAAUCAGGACAGGGUCUCCACAGCCUCAAACCCCUCUUCUACGACAUCCUUAUCCUUAGUUGUCUCUUCUCCUCCCACGUUGCUUGUCUUGCUAUCACCUAUUUCAAUGAGGAUUGGACAGUUCUUGACCCCAAACGUUUCUUCUUGGUGUCGAAGUUCAUAUCCACUGUUCCCGGGUGACUCUCUACAAUCAGGCCAACCCUUCUCCCUCAAUUUUUAUGUGGCUUCAUUUCCAGCCCCUCAGUAUUUUAUAUAUGACCCUGCUCCCUCAAAUAAGUUUUCAGGUAAAAAUGUCUUCUAGACCACUGCCUUCUCCCUUUAUGGGAUCCUGGGGAUAAGAGAGGCAUCCCAAUUCCCCUGUAGAGAGAUUCGUCUAUGAUGAAUACAGAAAAAAGAUAGGGGGAUAUAAAGCAAAGGCCACAAGAUGUGGACACGACCCUGACAAUGAUAAAAGAAAGACGUGAUGGAACAGAAGGGGAACCUUAGGGGGUUAAGGGGCGCAGGAACCUAGGACUGGCUCCCUAGCAUGCAAUAAGAUUUAAAGAACUGAUGGGUGGGAUGUGGAGAGUUGAAGAUGGAGAGACAGUGAGGAAUCUUAGCGCCGAAGAUGGGGAGAGGGUUGGGGGGAGGCGUGGAGGAGAGCCCGACCGAGUUAAAGGGUCCCUGGUAGGUGCAGCAGUCGCGGAGGACCCAGUACGGCCCCCUCGCUUCUCCGCAGCCUCCCCCUCUUCCCUGCGGGAGCCGCGGGGGGAGCUCGCGGAGCGGCGCGGAGGCCGCCAGGCCCCGCCCGCCGCCGCGGCUGCGGCGGAGGAUUCCUGUCCUAAUAUGGAGCUGGGAUUCCCCCGGCCCCGCCCCCGCCCCCGGCCCGCUGGAGAGAUCGAGUCUCCCCGAGGGCGGGGGAACCGCUCGCUUUGGGGGCCGGCAAUGCGGCGGGGGGCGGGGGAGGCCUGAAUGCAGAUCGCACUGUGCCCCGGUCCCUGCCUCAGUUUCCCUCCCAUCAGUGACUAAGGUUAAUUGAUAGAGAAACGAAGAAUCACUGAAGACUACAGCGUUGGUGUUUCUAAUUUAAGCUGUGGGAAAAUAGGACCAAGGCCAGAUUCAACUGGUGCUUUUCCCACAGGACCCCUCCCCCUUUCCAUCCCAUCCUAGGGACUUAGACCCCCAUGUAACUACCUCUGAUAAAUAGCCAAGGCGGAGGCUUGCGAAGGGGAAGGGAAUAUUAGUAUAUUAGUUCUUUGAAAACGGACAAGGGAAUCCCAGACUGAGUAGACCCCAGGAAGGAAUCCCAGGUGUGACCUAUCCCCCAAAAGCCAGGGAAAGUCCGCGCCCCCCUCAACUCCAAUAGUAUCGUGACCUUUGCUGGCAAAUGCUGAGGGGUAUUUGCCAAUGACCCUGUUUCUCCCCAUUCCCUUAUCUCCUUCAAAAAACUCGUUGUCGGUUUCAGCCCCUCCUUGCCCUCUGUGCUCUGCAGGGGUCUCCAGACCGCCCUAACCUGUGCCCUAUCCCUUCCCCAAACACACUGGGAAGCCUAGGUCCCCACACCCCCGUUUCAGGCUUCUCCAAGGCAGCGCCAGGCUCUGCUCAGCUCCCGCCAGCCGCGGCCCCCUCCGCAGCCUGUCUUCUCCCCCUUCCCCCGCCCCCCUCCCGCUCUCGUUCAACGUCAUGGGAUGACGUCGGAAGCCAGGGAGGGAGGAGGAGCGCCCCCCCUCCCCAGUUAGCGGCUCCCGCUGCAGCUUGCUUAGCCCAGCCUCCCUCUUUCCCGCCCCCCCCCGUCUCUAAAACGAGCCCCCCACGCCUGGCAGGAGCUAUAUAAGGCGGAACGAGGCAGGCGAGGGGGGCAGCGCAGCCGAGCGGAGCCCAGGAGAGGAGAGAGAGAGCGAGAGCCGGAGCGAGAGACUGGGAAGCAAGGAGGAGGAAGCCGCCGGUGCGUCGGGACAGGAACGCAGGUGUUCGGAGCGCCGGAGCUGGAGCUCCACAGCCGGCAGUCAUGUACCGCUCCACCAAGGGCGCCUCCAAGGCGCGCCGCGACCAGAUCAACGCGGAGAUCCGGAAUCUCAAGGAGCUGCUACCUCUGGCUGAAGCGGACAAAGUCCGGCUGUCCUAUCUGCACAUUAUGAGUCUUGCCUGCAUCUACACUCGAAAGGGCGUCUUCUUCGCUGGAGGUGCUCCUCUGGCCGGCCCCACGGGGCUUCUCUCAGCUCAAGAGCUUGAAGACAUCGUGGCAGCACUACCUGGAUUUCUGCUUGUUUUCACAGCUGAGGGGAAGUUGCUAUACCUGUCUGAGAGUGUGAGCGAGCACCUGGGCCACUCUAUGGUGGACCUGGUUGCCCAGGGUGACAGUAUCUACGACAUCAUUGACCCAGCUGACCAUCUCACUGUGCGUCAGCAACUCACCCUGCCCUCUGCUCUGGACACUGAUCGUCUCUUCCGUUGUCGUUUCAACACCUCCAAAUCCCUUCGGCGCCAGAGUGCAGGCAACAAACUGGUGCUUAUUCGAGGCCGAUUCCAUGCUCACCCACCUGGGGCCUACUGGGCAGGAAACCCUGUGUUCACUGCUUUCUGUGCCCCACUGGAGCCAAGACCCCGCCCUGGACCUGGCCCUGGACCUGGCCCUGGCCCUGCCUCACUCUUCCUGGCCAUGUUCCAGAGCCGGCAUGCUAAGGACCUAGCCCUACUGGACAUAUCUGAGAGUGUCCUAAUUUACCUGGGCUUUGAGCGCAGUGAACUGCUCUGUAAAUCAUGGUAUGGACUGCUGCACCCUGAGGACCUGGCCCAUGCUUCUGCUCAACACUACCGCCUAUUGGCUGAGAGUGGAGAUAUCCAGGCAGAGAUGGUGGUGAGACUGCAGGCUAAGCCUGGAGGCUGGGCAUGGAUUUACUGCCUGUUAUACUCAGAAGGUCCUGAAGGUCCUAUCACUGCCAAUAACUACCCAAUCAGUGACUCGGAAGCCUGGAGCCUCCGCCAGCAACUGAACUCUGAAGACACCCAGGCAGCUUAUGUCCUGGGCACCUCGACCAUACUGCCCUCAUUGCCCUCAUUUCCUGAGAACAUCCUCUCCCAGGAGCAGUGUUCGAACCCACUCUUUACCCAACCCCUCGGGGCUCCCAGAAGCACUGGUUUCCCCAGUACUCCUGAACUAGGUGUUGUCUCAGCAUCAGAAGAGCUUCCCCGACCACCUAAAGAGCUGGAUUUCAGUUACCUGCCAUUCCCUUCUGGGCCUGAGUCUUCUCUCCAUACAGACCUGAGCAAGGAUCUUGUGUGUACCCCACCCUACACACCCCACCAGCCAGGAGGCUGUGCCUUCCUCUUCAGCCUCCAUGAGCCCUUCCAGACCCAUUUGCCUGCCCCAUCUAGCUCACUCCAAGAACAGCUGACCCCAAGCACUGCAACCUUCUCUGAUCAGUUGACACCCAGCAGUGCAACCUUCCCAGAUCCACUAACCAGCCCACUACCAGGCCAGUUGACCGAAACCUCCGUCAGAAGCUAUGAAGACCAACUGACUCCCUGCACCUCCACCUUCCCAGACCAGCUGCUUCCCAGCACUGCCGCCUUCCCAGAACCUCUGAGCAGCCCUGCCCACGAACAGCUGACUCCUCCCAGCACAGCAUUCCAAGCAUCUCUGAACAGCCCCAGCCAAACUUUCCCAGAGCAACUGAGCCCCAAUCCCACCAAGACUUACUUCGCCCAGGAGGGAUGCAGUUUUCUCUAUGAGAAGUUGCCCCCAAGUCCUAGCAGCCCUGGUAAUGGGGACUGCACACUCCUGGCCCUGGCCCAGCUCCGGGGCCCCCUGUCUGUGGAUGUCCCCCUGGUGCCUGAAGGCCUGCUCACACCUGAGGCCUCUCCAGUCAAGCAGAGUUUCUUCCACUAUUCUGAGAAGGAGCAAAAUGAGAUAGACCGUCUCAUCCAGCAGAUCAGCCAAUUGGCUCAGGGCAUGGACAGGCCCUUCUCAGCUGAGGCUGGCACUGGGGGACUGGAGUCACUUGGAGGACUGGAACCCCUGGACUCCAACCUAUCCCUGUCAGGGGCUGGCCCCCCUGUGCUGAGCCUGGACCUGAAACCCUGGAAAUGCCAGGAGCUGGACUUUCUGGCUGACCCUGAUAACAUAUUCCUGGAAGAGACGCCCGUGGAAGACAUCUUCAUGGAUCUCUCUACUCCAGACCCCAAUGGGGAAUGGGAUUCAGGGGAUCCUGAGGCAGAGGGCCCAGAAGGGGCCCCAUCGCCUUGCAACAACCUGUCCCCAGAAGACCACAGCUUCCUGGAGGACCUGGCCACCUACGAAACCGCCUUUGAGACAGGUGUCUCAGCAUUCCCCUACGAUGGGUUUACUGAUGAGUUGCAUCAACUCCAGAGCCAAGCUCAAGACAGCUUCCAUGAAGAUGGAAGUGGAGGGGAACCAACGUUUUGAAUAAGUCUGUGACUUAACGUCGUCAAGUAUGGCAUAUUGUCAUCAAGACGUGGAGCCGCUCUCCACCCCCCCGGGACUGUUGGGGGGAUUCUGGGGGCCAGAGGGGGA